AUGGCACAGAGGUGGAUAAACAUGGAAGCACAGCGGUAAGAUACAAAUGGGACAAGCAACAACAUGCAUGUCUCCAGUGUGAUAUCUCCCAUCUGACCAUUGUGCUUGAGCCAUGUUGUCAAAAUUUGGUUUUGAAAUGCCUGCUCAUCAGGGAUUAUAAUUAUUUCUUCUUGCAAACUUCACUGUAUCUCCUGACUGUCCGAGGACCCACCCAAGAUGGCGUUGUUGGUGGAGGCACUGACUUGAGCUCCGCAGCAGUUGUGCGGUUUUUAUUAGUUUUUAUUGGUUUUAUCAGUUUUUAUUCGGCUUUUAUCAGCCUUAGUAUUUUAUCUACAACAUUUGGCUGUUUUUUAACUAAUAUAUUCAAGGCUUGAGUUAAAAGCUCAAGUUAAAAGUCUAGAAAAAGGAGGAGGGGGAGGAAAAACGCCGAGAAACAAGGAGCGGCUGAAACUGAAGCAUCGGGGUGGAUCCUUACGCUGCCUUCUUGGAGUCUCCUCUCUCUCUGGGAUCUGGUGAGGCCUUCGGGAGUUUCCCUUUAUCUGAGACCGACCCACGGUGGGCCCUGUGAUAAGCUCCGAAGGAGAAUUUUAUAUUAGUCUUAGUCCUGGUGGGAGUAGGACUUCAAAGGAAUGGUCUGUGUUGCUUAUCGGUAGUCUCCUUGUCGAACUAAAUUGCCGGACUGUGAGGGUGAAGGUGAAGACGCCGACUUACAUAUGAACAGGCAGUGAAAUAUACCCCCACUGCAAGUGUGGCAGGCUUGAAGGAAAUAUUUAGUUGACGUUAAAAUGCUAUCCCCCCUCUACUCGAUAUCUGAAUUAUGGGAUAUGGGAAACGUCUUAGAGAUUCGGAGGAGACAGUCCCCAUUCCCUUUCCGAGAUCAAAGCAAACAAGGGUGGAACCAUGUCACUUUAAGGAAGGGAGUAAUCUACUGGAUUGUUCCUAGAUAUAGGACGUAGUAUAUUGUUUCUUGUUGAUCAGCCGGACGUAGGAAUAGUCCCGCGUGAUCCUAUUACCUGUAUGAAUUUUUUCUCUUGCCUGAUAGAAGUUUUAACUCGCUUUUUUACUUCUCCAAGCUAUGGAGUUAAAAACGAUUAUUUUAAAUUUGGCGCCCCUUGGUUCAACUCUGCUUGUAAACUAGCCAGACUCCAUCUACAUACAAUAUAUAAUGACUAUAAACUUUCCGGCGCUCUGGCCUUACCUCCAUCUUAUUCCCUGGCUAAAAAGCAUACAAACAGGCCCAGAAAUCGGCCAAACGGGAAUGGCAUUUAAAUCGCUGGCAGACUAUAAUUUCUGCCUCAAAAUCUCAUAACUCCCGGAAAUUUUGGUCCUUAAUUAAGGGAAGAAACACGAAAUACCCCUUAACGGUGAUCCCGGCCCCUACAUGGGAGCAGUUCCUGAGAAAAUAUUUCUCAGUGGCAGAAGCUCCGGCCACUCACUGGAGACCUUCUAAUCCCCUUCCCGUCUGGCACAAUACCGACCCUGCUGAAAUCCUAGAAUUGAUAGCUGAGCUGAAAACUGGUAAGGCCCCUGGGCCAGAUUUGGUCCCUGUUGAGGCUAUAAAGCUACAUUCUGCAUGGUGGGCAGGGAUUUUAGCUAAAACGUUUGACGCAAUAAAUGCCACGGGCUUAAUACCAGGUACGUGGAAGGAGGCCAUUAUAAUUCCUAUCUACAAAAAAGGCCCUCCCGGUGACCCAGGGAAUUACCGGAAUAUCAGUCUGCUAUCGUCCAUUGGGAAAAUAUAUGCCCGUUUUUGCUGGCAAGGCUGAUGAAGUGGUCAGCUGAGGCUGACCUGAUUGGGCAUGAGCAAGCCGGAUUUAGAUUAAAUCGAUCCACAACAGAUCAGGCAAUUAUUCUUUAUCACUUAGCCCGGAAAUACUCGACACCUCGACGGGGCCAACUUUGCGCAGCCUUCAUAGAUUUGAAAGCUGCGUUUGAUAGUAUUCCGAGGCAGUUACUAUGGGAUAAACUUGCCUGCUGGGGAAUAGAUAGAAGGCUCCUGUGGCUUAUCUCCCAACUUCAUGCCGGAUCCGUGGCCAGGGUAAGAAUAUCCCCUGCUGGAGACCUAACUAACCCAGUGCCAGUAAAUAAGGGUGUACGCCAGGGUUGUAUUUUAGCGCCUCUUCUUUUUAACUUAUUUAUCAGUGAUAUGAGGAACCCAUUAAUCGACUCACAAAAAUUUAUCCACACCCCCCGUAUAGCAGAUUAUCGUUGUCCUUUACUUCUCUACGCAGAUGAUGCGGUACUACUCUCUUACUCCAGAGUGGGUUUAAGGAGGGCACUAAAGAUUUUUGCAUCAUAUUGCCGUUCUAAUCAUCUGUCUAUCAACCACACCAAGUCCAAAGUACUGAUAUUUUCAAGGAGUCGAAAAUUAUAUUCAUGGAAAUUGGAGGGCACGAAAAUCGAACAAGUACACAAAUUUAAAUAUUUAGGAAUUUAUUUUCAAUAUAAUCUAGGGUGGAAAGCGCACGUUGAAUAUCUUCAAAACAAGACAAAAGCCCUAUCACACUCCCUCCUCCGUUUUUUUCUACUCUGAGGGGGCCUUACUCAUCCCUGCGGCCUUGAAAGUGUAUAGCAUUAAAGUGAUGGCCACAAUGGCCUAUGCUGCACCUUUAUGGGCUGCUUUUGCAAACCUCUCACCUUUAGAGUCGCUUCAAAGCCAAUUCUUACGCCGACUUCUAAAACUACCAACAUGCGUAAGUAAUGCGGCUAUUCGCUUAGAAAUGAAGAUCCCUCAGUGGAGUUAGUUUUAUGGAGGAGAGUUUUGAUUUAUUGGAUAUCCCUAUGGCAUAAACUACCGAACCAUUAUCUCAUUCAAUGCAUGUGGCGGGAUGACUUCACAAAUUUGUGGUCAGGAAAAAUCCAUGCCAAAUUGCUGUCCUAUGAGAUCUCGCCCACGGAAUUGCUCAAACUGGAUCUAAACGCGGCAAAAAGGUGUAUAAAUCAAAGGCUGGAUGAUGUGGAGCUAUACCAAAAUUUCUUAGCUGGUGGUGGAGCCUGCUCCCCGUUAAAUCUCGGCAUAACCCCUAUCUAUCGUGCUCCGUCCUACUUAACAUCGCUUAUAGCCGCAUCUCACCGAUAUGCCUUCAUUAGAGCCAGGUUCAAUGUUUUUCCAACAAACGUGCUGAGACAUAGAUUCACUAAGGGCCAAGUCCCUUCAAUGUGUGCUUGUGAAAUGAAAACAUCUGAAUCUUUACAUCAUGUUAUGUUUAUCUGCCCUAUGUACAGUUCAGCUCGCGCUAGUAUACUAAACUCCAUAAUCCAGCCUAUGGCUGACAAACCAGUAGACCUACAGCUUGCCUGGGUUCUUCAAGAUGCAGAUCCUUAUAUUACUCUACAGGUUGCUAAAUUCCUAACAGCCGUUCUCUCGUACAAGAGACGGAAUGGAAUGUUAGCUGAUUAUUGA